CGUGAUAUGCUACUCAAGGUUUUCAACAUGGCUGUCAGACUUGAGCAAUUUCAAGUUAUUUCAAGCGGUAUAUAUAUAUUAUAUAUUGAAUAAGUUUGCGUGUGUGCUUCCUAAAUAAUAAGUUAAGUGAGCACUCAUGUCUGGAAAUGAGAGUAACAAAAAUAAGGAGGUCCCUCUUUCUGCGAGAAAGACUCCACUACUGGGGGCAAGAGGCCGAGGUAGGCUCAUGUUCGGCUCAUUCUAGAUUUAAGCUUAUAUUUAAGCAAUAGGAAACGUUUACCAUGUUUGCAUAGCCUGAAAUAAACACGAGAGGGGUUAGGAGAAUUCGAGGUAGUUAUCCUCUCGGGUUUGCAUAGCUUUCGAGAAUUCUCCCAACCCCUCGAUUGUUUGUAUCAGGCCGGCUAUGCUAUUCCCCGAGAAAAACUGCAAAACUUUUUGUUAUGGCACUGAUGGAAAGAUAAAUUCUCACCAGUCGCGAAGUCUUGUACACAAAGUCUUGCAAUCGUAAUCAGUUUUUGUUUUACAAAAAAGAUGCUUUCCAAAAGGAACAAUAUUUCAGAAUACCUGGCCACAUCAUUUACAUUUGUCAGAACGCUUUAAAGAACGAGGUAUAACACAAUACAAGGCACUUUUGUUAUGAAAUGAUAUACAAAGAAGUGGCUGGGUAUUCUGAAAUUUAGCCUUCUUAAAUACGGAUUUUUCUCGCUUAAAAUGUCAGCUUAAGAGGAAAAAAAUUGACACAACAUGUUUGUAAAGAUUUUCUAAGUUUCAGUCAAUGAGGGAAUGGAUAAAUAAGUAAACUUGUGGAGUUUUCAACUCAAAAACUUUUUAAAUUCGUGCUUGUGCGAUUAGCGCGUAAAAAGCAAAACAUCUUGAUGUCACAACCAUGUUUACUUACUCUCAUGCAAAUACACCUCUCACCCAAUCAGAGCGUGCGCACUAUCUUAGUUAUUUUGUAAAAAGGAUUAGACUAUGAGUAGUCCCUCAUCUUCCCUCAGGAAUAGUAGAGCAAGCGAAAUUUGAGCACCCAUAAAAAUCACCCCACAUGAGAAAGGCAAGAAGCAGUGGGGAGAGAGAAAAAUGAGGGACUGCAGACAAAGCCCAAGCUUUUGACCCUUCAAAGCCAACUGAUUUUGGAGUGUGAAGUUCUUAUUACCUUUCAAAGCACACGAAGCACAUCCAAAGGGAUUCUUUCUCUCAUUGAGCUGUUAUUGCUCUUGUCAGCGGUAAACUACACGUCAUCAUGUUCUCGUGAAUGCUACAGCCCACUUUCCUAAUAAUAGUGAUAAUUAUUUGCCAAGUAAGUUUAGAGGCAAAAUAAUGGACUACUCACGAAGCCUAUUUGAAAUCUACUGUUCUGUUUGUUCAGUGAAAAUGUAAGUUUACGGGUGUAGUUUAGGAGCAUCAUGCUUUUUUAUUAUCAGACAAUCUCUUACCUUGUUUACAAAGUGAUCAAAGCAUUGCCAAGUUACUGUAAUCUUUUCUGAAGGCAGGAAGAAACAGUUUUCCUUUUUUUCAUGAUUUGUGCCCCUGUAAGUAAAAAAUCACACCUUAGGAAAAUAUAUGACAUGCAAAACUGCUUUAAACAUCAUUGGUUUAUCAUUGGGUUACAUUUCCUGUUUUGAUGAGAAAGGAGAAAACAUUUUGAUUUUCUAGAGAACCUUAAGGUGGUACCGGAGGCUAAUGUGACGAUGUCAGAAUCAUGCGAUUUUCGACCAGCUUGAAGCUAGCCAGUACUUAACAUUGUAUGCGAAGUUUAAGUUCAGGGUGAUCUCACUGAAGUGAGAUAUAAGCAACUAAAGUUUUGUUUCUAAGACCAAUUUCGUGGGGAAAACUGGGAAAACUGAGAGCUAUAAAUACAGUUGUAGCUAAAAAAAUUGUAUCCGGAGCGGGCAAAUUUGACAGUUUUAAAUUUAUGUCCAGUUGUGAUUGCCAAACAGUCACACGUCACAAACUCUUCUGUGAUACGAGCAAUUUACUUCAUAUUUGGGCUAAUUUAGAAGUAAUAUACUAUUUAUCAACUUUUUUCUAACAUAUCAAAGCACCUUGACCAUAAAUGUCUGACAAAUUCCUCUAUCUAACACAUUAUAAAAAACACGCUUGCUAUGUAAUUAAAUACAUCCAUGGUCUUGUUGUCUGUUGGAUUGUAAAGUUUUCAACUUCAUGCCACCAAAACUGCCAGUUUUUCUUCUUUGUUCAGUUGCCAUAACGUUAGUCAUAGACACAAAAGCUUUUCCUUGCCAUAGAAAGGCAAAGAUUUCCUUGUACUGCAUAGAACUCUAGAAAACCAGAAACAAACUUGUCAGCACCUCACUCCAGGACAUCGUUGUGAAGCAAAAGGUGUCAUUGUUCAUACCUGCGCCUUGGUUUCACAGGAAAAAUAGCCAGCCAAGUAUGACGGAUGAUCAUGACCAUAUAUUGGGCAGUAUUUUGCGUUUUACUUCUGGAAAAGUUUAUUACAGGCCUUUCGAAGAUGGCGACCAAGUCAAUAAAUGCGAAUUUCAGUUUGAGUGUUUGUAGAUCAGCAGAAAUUGUGCUUACAUGCUUUCCACAAAAUUAUUACAUUGGCACUGAUGCUUCGAACCUUGCAAAACCGAUUUUGAGAAAAAAAGAACGGUUGUUUUGCUGUCUAGCAUACACUGUAUAAUAAUAUUUGCUUGAUUUGCUUGACCAUUGGCUGCAUGGAAAGCAGCCAAAAAAUAAAUGGAAACAUUUCUGUGUUGAGACUUGCCUGUGUGAUUCACACUUACUUUUAGGUGAACUGAGGAUUUUUUAAUGGACCUUGAUUGUUUUGAACCAAUGAUGUGAAGUGCAACUGGCCUCCAGAACACUUCAGUCAAGUUCAGAACUCUCUUGUAUACCUCUACAGAAUGUAAUGCCAGUUGCCAUACCCAACUACUGGCAAGGCAUUAAAAAUGUUGGCUUUUGAUGUUCAUCCUUGUAUUCUUGGUUGAAUUAAUUUUUUGUGUCCUGAUACUGGUUUUAAGAUUUCAUGUUUUCUCAUACAUUGUGACAACUGCUAAUAUGGAUCCCUGGUAUAGAUUUACAUUUUGUAAUUUUCACUAAUGACUUGAUUUCCUUUAUUUAACUUUCAGCCUUGUUCUCAAGACAGUUGCAAAGUGCAUCGCCCAGGUACUCAAUAGAUAUUAUUGGGACAGAGAGGAAAUCUAAGGGCAUUGGCUGAUAUAAUGUGAAUUUUACUUUAGUUAUUUUUAGAGGUUGUUUUAUUCCUGGAACAUCCUUAAAUUUUAAUCGUUUGUUUGAAAUAUCAUCAAGUCCAUACCUGACUGCCUCAAUGCAAAAAUGCAGAGUAUUGUAAUGUUGACUGUUGAAUGCUCUCUUGACAACACUGAAUAAAAGUUUGCAGACCUCUCUGGAAACCAACUUCCCAUUAGUUUCAAGCGUUUAAGUUUUACAGGUAAUGUUGGUGACAUUCACGCAUCCCAAGGGCUUGACUGGGCAUUUUCCUCCCUGUCCCAUUAUUAUAUCUUGACAAAAUAUAAUUUAAAAAAGGGUUUAAAUUAAGACCUGAGCCCCAACCCCCACCCCCCUCCUGGAACUCCAGCAGGUAUUAGGGACCUUAAUAUCUGAGGACGGCAAGGGCAGCAAAAGCAUCGCUGAAAAAGUGAAUUCAUGUUCUUUCAAUCUUCAUUGUCAUUACUCCAAGUCGCUAACUUUGUUAAAUGUAGGUGAAACCCUCCUAAAGUUGAAUUCCUAAGAUAACCAUAUUUGAGUUCAGAAAUAAAGAGAAAAUUUCAUCGUUGCUUGUGUACUUCCUCUGUAAAAUGUGAAAUUAGGCAUUUUCACGUCAUAGUUGUGCAGUGACGGCAAAGAAAUGUACAAAAAAGCGUGAUGCAUGUGCAAAAUUGUUGUUUUGGUUGUUAAACCUAUUGCUUCUUUGACUUCCUGGUUGCCGUCAGCUUUGUGGGAUCUUAAGGUCCCUAUUGUAUUGUGAAUGACAGCCUACUUUGGCUUAUAUUUUGACUUAAAUACCCACUACAAUCCACUCACAUUGCAGCUCUUUGUUAUGUAUGUAUUACAGUGUUAAAUUUUUUUUUUUAGUCCUGGCAGACUGCCAUCAUUAAGACCAGCUAGAGACUUGACUCUUGGUGCUGCAAGUGGUAUAACCCCAGCAAAGGUAUUUAAUAGAACUACAGACAAAGUUCCUUGCUCAAGUGUAUCACAAAAGUCCUUUAGUAAAAUGAUCAUGAUGUGGAAUCCUUAAGUGAAGAAAUAAUUAUAUAUCCUAUGACUGCUUGGACAGUUUUCAUCAGCCUACUUCAAUUAAUUCUAUUGUUAUUAAAGAAAUAAUUUCUUAAUUUUCCUCUUUCCUCAGCAUGCAAAGAAAGUAGUGUCCGAUAGCCCGGGGCGAGUGGAUUUUGUAAUCGGGCUAGUAAAUUCUGUUUUUAAUUUGCCCGAUGGGCAAGUGAUGUUUUUUGAGGAAUUCGAAUAACAGAAGAACUUUGAGAUCAAUUAUUCUGCUAGUCAAAAAGCUUUUGGGGCUAGUUGAAAUGACGUCUGGGCUAGUAAAUGCUAGCUUCAACUUGCCUUCAUGGCAAGCUAUAAAAAUGAUUUUCUUUGCACCCUGUUCCUCUUAGGAAUUUUAGCCCUUGAAAAAUAUAAAAAAGAAUGCGAUAUUGUUUAAAUUAUUCUGGUACAAGGUUUUUGUCCACUGAGAAUUAAAAUUACUCAAUUUCCUAUUAGAUUCCAUCAUAAGUUUCAUUAAGUGAAUCAGAUGGCUAGUUGAAAAUGUUAUCAAGUGAAAUUGAAUCUAAUGAGGUGCAAAACUAAUACAGCAGGUGUUGAACUUGUCCAGACUGGUCGGCCACAUUGCCUCUCUCAGCCUAAUAAUUUCCCUUUUCUGUGUCAAAGCAUAGUAUUCCAUGUUUAAAAGUGAAAACAUGGGUAAUUUGUUGAUUUCAUUUGUUUUUUGUUUUUUUUUUACAGAGAACAUUCACUCCUAAUAUCCCAACAAGGAGAAUCAAACAAGAGUAAGCCAGUCACAGUUAACAUAUAUAAAUUUAAAGCUGUUUUUUUCAAUUUCAGUCUAGUAAUUACUUUAUUCCUGGUUGUUCAAACGCUGGAUAGAUCACUAUUCAGUGGAUAAGUAUUAGGAAAACCAAUUAAUACAGGUUAAUAACGAGGUCUGUGAUAACAAUAUUAAGCGGGUGUCCAUAAAGUGCGGUUCAACUGUCUUGAUAUCUGAGUUUACUCAUUCUAGGGUAAGGAAUGUUUUAAUCCAACAUGAUUUGCUUUUGUUUUGUCUUUUUUAGGCAAAGAGAUGAACCUCACCUUACCCCAGAAGUAAGUUUUUUGUUCUUAGUAGUUUCUACUGCCACUAAUUUUUCAAUUUGCCAAGAGAUCUUUUUCUGACCGUUAUAUUUCUCAUCAGAGAUCUGGAGGACAAAGGCGGCAGAGAGGUGAAGGUAGAGGCAGAGGGCGUGGUGAGGGCCGAGGAAGAGGAAGGGGAGAGAGGAACAAGCCAACCAUUGUCCAGUCCUCGUCAAUAUUUUCUAUGGGAGUGGGUCCUAUGGAAAAGCAGAGAGUUGGUAAGAGAAUUUAACAGAAUGUUUUCCAAGUAAACAAAGAGGUUUUUGGUUGGAACAGAUCCCAACAACCAAACUAUACACACUUCCUGGUGCUGUUUUAGUUGUAUCUGCCAUGUAAGUUUUGCAUUAAGCAGGUCACCUGACUGUGAGCUGAAAAGGGCCAUGGCUCUUAAUGAUAGGCCCAUUAAAAAGCUUUUUGGAACAUACUUCUUAACACACAUUUGCUUUAUGUCCAACACCCAGGAUCAUCCAUUCCAAGUUAUGGUUCAUCUUCAGGAGGCGGGAGAAGUGUGUCCAGUUUCACAGUUAAAAAAGAAAGGUAUCGCAAUAAUUUUGUUAAUUAAUACUGCGUCUAAAUAAGGUUAACCAACAUUAUUAUUCAUUCAAAAUAUUUCCCCAAUUCUUUGUGUUUGUAUUAUUAUUAUUAUUGCAAUAAAAUUAUUAUUAUUUUAUUGAAUAAUUGUAAUAAUUGUGUUAUAAUUAUUAUUAUCAUAACAAUAAUUAUGAUAAUUAUGUUAUCACUGAGAUAUUAGCCCAGUAAUGCUCUGAUGACUCCAUACAAAUCCUUCUAAAUUUGACUUGGGUCUAAACAUUUAGACCCAAGCCAAAUUUAGAAGAAUUUCUAGGGCUAAUAUCUUAGAGGCAAUUUGCCCCACAAUGCUAGUUUUUUGCAAGUACACCUCUUGGAUGUUGUUCUUUUAGAAUAUCCUGACAAAUCCCGUAAUUUCACAAAUUUAAUUUUUUAUGACGUCACACUUUAGAUAUCUAUUGUCAUACAGUGGGUAUGUUUUGAAUUAUUUUAUUUUCAGUGCUGAUGGGGAUAAUGAUGAGGAAUCUAAAAGAGUUCUUAAAAUGCUUCAAACAAGUGUAAGAUAUUCCAGCUGUUACUACUUUGACUACUUAUGCUACAUUAUUAUUGUUGGAAAAGACCAAAAUGACAGGAAUGCCAUAGGUCAUUUUCGAGUUGCCUCAAAUGUCUGUUUCAAAGCAAGGCUAAGUGCAAAGUAAUUGAUAUGAAAAUGUUUUUCUAUUCUCAUGCAAACUCAUUUUCAUAAUAAGGGUUUUGAAAUUGGCCUCGAUUUGAAAGUGAGGGUUUUUGGAAUUCAUAAAUCGUCUAGUGAAUAUUGUACACCAUCCAGUCCAAAAGAGCUGACAAAAACAUAUAACAAAGAGAUCUGUCAGGCUGUGUAACCACUCCACUUUAUUAACUAAGCUCGUACUCUUGGUUCAGACAUUAACAACCAACAGCAUUACCGGCAUGUUUUAUGUGCUAAAUGACUUUAGAAUUACCAAAAAAAGAUGCAAACAAUAUGUUAAGCUCUGAAAUUAAAUAAAAUUUCAAUAAGCUAAUAAAAAAUUUUUGUACAUACAGUACGAUCUCGACAUUUCCGAUCCUAGCAUUAUGCAGGAUGCAUGCCAAAUGUGAACCUAGUUUAAUAGGGUUCAUAUGGCCUCGCUCUCCAUGAGUUCUCCAUAGCUCAGCGGAUAGAGUGCCCUUCCGGUGUUUGGGAGGUCAUAGGUUCCAACCCUGUCGGGACUCAGAUUUUUUCUUUGUCCCACGCUUGUGACAUGCUGGUUUUUUCAUCUUCACAAUUUUUCUAUUAUUUGAUGGUUUUUCAGGAUAGCUUACUCUGUAAUGAUCCCAAUGCUUCACACAUUCGAGACUAACAGUCUUUAUGAUUUUUAUUCUUCUCAUAACAGGGUGAUAUUGAAGAUGAUGACAUGGAAAAUGAAACUGGAAUAAUGCCAGUUCAAUUACCUUUCUCUCAUAUUGCUCUAAAAGCUAAAGAAAAGCAAGCUGAAUCUGCCUCAAUGGAAGCUGAUAUAAAAGGUUUUUAUAUCAUGUCCUGCUCAAAGGGGGAUAUUCAGAUAAAUUUCCUCAAGAUUGGAAUGAGGCCAAAUUGUUAUACCCUCCAAAACACUCCAUCGGCUCAGACUGUGGUCAAAAGAAAGUCCUCUUAACUACAGAUCAACUGCUUUCAAAAACAAGUCUGUGAGCCAUUUGCUUGUAGUUGGUCUUUUUUUUUUGACAUAAAAAUGAGAACCGUAUCUUUGCUUUCUGUUCUUCCUAUUUAAUGACUUAGUUUUAGUAUUCAAAUGUGUAAAUGGCUUAGCUCCAGAUUAUUUAUGUAAAUAUUUUAUUAAACGUUCAGCAGUUCACAACAAGAACACAAGGGGAUGUAACAAUUUUGUGGUCCCCUGAUGUAGACUAUCAAUGGGACAAAGGGCAUUUUACUUUCGUGGUCCAAAGGAAUGGAAUGGGCUACCUGACAAUAUUAAGAACACUUAAGAUAUUGAUAGUUUUAAGCGGAGACUUUUUAGUAAGCUAUUUCAUACGAAAUAAUUUUGAAUAUAAUUAUUUUGAAUAAUUUUGAAUGUACUUUGAAUUUAAUUGAACUACUGUAAAUAAGUUUUCUCUUUUUUUUUCUUAAUUACCAGUAUUAGGUAAUAAUUAACACUGUGACUGAAAAGCCCUGUUGAAGGGAGUCUCAAUAAAGUAUGUAUGUAUGUAUGUUCCAACGUCUAACCCAAAAAAGUCCUUGGACCACAAAUUUCAUGGCUUUUAAACCUGAGCAGCCCGAUUUUUUUUGUUACCCUAAUAGUAAAAAGUGAACCCAUGGACAUUGACUUGGUGGACGCUGAACAAGUGAAGUCAGCGGAAACUAUCAAGAAACCAAUAAAACAAGAAGCUGUGAAAAAAGAAGUAAUGGUUGAAAAGACGCUUUCCAAUCUUCUUUCCACGCAGUCACUGGUAUGUAUGAAAAUCCUAAAGUAAAUCAUAUUCUUGGUUGUGUUGCUACUAGUAAUAUGUUUCGUUUAUACUUUUACAACUUACGAAAAGUUGUAUAUUGUUGUUUUAUAGGCAUUCAAUCUCGCAAAAAGGGAAGGUAAAAAGUUAUAAAAAUGUUGCCAUUUUAGCAGACAAAUCGUGUUUUAAAAGGGAUUAAUGGCUCGGGAAAGUCUUUCUAAUGACACAAACAGGUAUUCUCAAGAUCUUUUGCUAGCGAUGCUGAAGCAAAUUCUCUGUUUUUGUCGUUUUCAUACACAGCGUCGAAACACAUUUAAAUGUAAGCUCAGUUGUUUCCUUUGUUUGUAACCCGCCCCCUUUAAACAAUCUGUAUGCACCAAGCCGUCACUUUUAUAAAACCCUUGUUUCGGCUGCUAGUUGUAACCAACUGUAGAACGCACACUCUAGGCUAGAAUUAAGGAUUUAUUGGCGAGGCAUUAUAAAUCACCUUGUGCUAAUGCUGCUUUCCGUUUUCAACGGCAUAACCUGAGCGCAUGCACAUGCGCAAGCACUAGAAAAGGGUUAAUUGGCUCUGGUGCUUUCAAUCAGGUCUUUUACAUGGUGACAUGAAGCGUUCUAAUGCUUUAAAUUCAUUUUGGAAGCAGGGAACAACGUUACAAAAAAUAAGGAUCGGAUCCUAAUAAAGGAAACAAAAGAGACAAGGGUGAUUUUACGGUCGGGAAUACAUAUAUUUUUGUUACCGAUAUUUCGGAAGGCACGGCCUUCCUUCUUCAGGGUCUUACAUGCAAUGCUAAGGUUAAGGUAAGACGUUAGAAAAUCAGCCUUGCUUCUUUUGUGCUAAUGCUUGCAUUUUUUGGGUUGAUUAAAGAGCUUGUCUUACUCGCGUGGAUAGUAAAAAGUUGGAAACCUUAAUCAGUAAGCGUCAUGUUCCUCAACAGCCAAACAACAUUACAAACUGGCAUAAUCACCAGGCACCUACAAGAACAAAAGUAAAGCAAUGCCAGUGAGCAUGUCUUUUAUCCCGCUUUUUGUAGGCCGGAGAGCAGUUAUUAUUCUUCCAGUUUCCUGAUGUCCUGCCUGUUAAGACAGAUGAGUCGCCCAUGCCUGUAGAUAAAGAAGCAUCCGCUGAACAGACGGCUUCUGAGGAAAAGGUUUUAGUAGUGACUGCAUAAGUAACUUAGGCUACCUUCACACGGCACCGCCGGACCAAUUUUCGACCUAGCCCGGGUGGCAGGUGUUUGAAAUGAAAGGGGAAGGGGAUAGAAAAAAUUGACUUGACACCUUGUUCACAUAGAACUGACGAACCAGGUUGAAUUUUGAAUUUUAUCAGAGGUUUUACCAUCUGCCCAUGCGUAGAGCGCAAAUUAAGAAAACCCAAAAUGGCGUCUCCCCGCUGAGUUACCACGCAUCCAUGCAACCACGCCUUUUCUGUACCCUAGCCUGUUCGAGGCGGUCAGAUCGUGGGGACAGAGCAAAGAGAUGUGAGCAGAAAAAAAAAACAGCGAAGGGGUGGGGUAAGGGGUGAGAGCGAAGUUUCCUUCCUCUUUCCCUCUCCUCUCUUCCUCCUUAUUUUUCUCCCGCUCUCUUACCUCGUGCCGCACUUCACUAUCGGAACUCCUGAAACAGGCUACCCAUUCGCUGAGUGGGUAAAAUCUCAGUACAAUCGACUCCAAUUACGCGCUCAUAUGCCACACGUUUACUUAUCAUUAACAAUUAUUCCUCGAGCCUGAAUGGGCUCUGAGUCAAUAGCCCAUGAGGCCGAAGGCCGAAUCUGCUAUUGACUCAGAAGCCACCAGGGCGAGAGGAAUAAUUGUUUUAGUAAAAUCCAAGUAUUUGGUCAAAAAUAUCGAGAAUAAAAAAAAUUUAGCUACUUUUUGCCGCAGAAAAGCGCUUGCUUUUCGCUACUAGUAGGCUACAACAUAUAGCCCAGUAGUAGCUCAACCAAUCAGAACGCAGCAUUGAUAAUAGACCACUAGUUGGAUUUUACUAAUUCGUUUUAUCCCCGUAUCCUCUCAUUCAAAGAGUAAGUUAUGGCGACAAUAUGAUUUUAGGAUGGUGCGAAUGAAACCAGUCGAUGGGUACAGUCAAAUGGAACCUCCUCAUUUGUAUUACACCAACCGCAUUUUUUUAGUAUUUUUAUAAGUUACAAAUCAAAACUUGUGGAUUAUUUCGGGGGAAUCCCGGAGGUAAAAGGAUCAAUAUAUCAAACUUUUAAUAUCUUCGAAUUUUUUUUCUAUUCCGACCAAUAAGUUUCAUUGCUUGAGAAACACUGAUCUGGAAGCUUAGUUUAAUAUUUCCUUACUUUUCCAACUUAACGCAUUGUCUCUUUUGUAAAUUUCCUCUAUUAGCCUAGAGAACAAAAAAAGCUGUCUCUCAAAGAUGCUUCCGAAGGAUAUAUAGGAAAACUUCAAUUGCUCAGGUCUGGUAAAGCAAGGUAUGCAACUUUUGUAACAGUUUUCCCAUUUCUCUUUGAGCCCCUGCUACAAGUAGUUGCAAAAAUUUUUAGACAUGCACUCCAACGAAGAACCGACAUUUCUUACCUCAAAUCGCUGCCAGUCUCGCGUCUAUGAGAUAUAAAACUCACCUCCCUCCUCCCCUCCACAGGUAGCUUAAAUAUCGACGACAGCGACGGCAGCGAAAACCGGCGUCACUUUUAAAAUGAAUUCGUAUUUUUUCAAACUUUGUCGCGUUUAUUCCAUUUCACUGAAAAUGUGAAAUGUGGGCGAAUUUCCCGGGAGUUGAUUUCUUGGGGACCGGACUCAAGUUUAGAAAGAGAAAGAAAAAUUCUUCGUCGCUUGUUUACGUUCUCCAUAAUACGUGAAAUUAGGCAUUUUCACGUUUUAGUCCCGACGAGCAUUGACGGCAAAGAAAUGUACAAAAAAGCGUGAUGCACGUGCAAAGUUGUUGUAUUGCUAAUCAAACUUAUUGCUUUUUUUGCCGGUCUGUGAAAAGCUCCCUAAUUUACCUAAUAAGACGCGCGACGAUUCCCGAACCUUUGGUUUGUUUUGCAAUUUGUAAAUCCUGUAUGUAAGGGUAUAUUUUGCGUAAACAAAGAAAAGCAUUUUUCUUUCCUACCCUGAUUGUGCCGAGGAUUUGCUAUUACAGAUUAUUACUGGGGGAUGUAUCGUUAGAUGUCACCACGGGAACACCAUGCGGAUUUUUACAGGUAACUUAGGUCGGAUCAACCCUUGAGGAUUCUGGGUAACAGACCACCUACCCCUCCCCUAAGACAAGGGAAUUGAUCCUUAGAUUAUUCUCAGUGAUUCUGGCACCUUUGCGUCCUGCGUCCCUGACGCAUAAAAAUCUCCAAAGACGCAAAAUAAUUCAUGAAAUGCGUCCCGUGGGACCGGGCGCAAAGAACGAUCGAUCGAUUUGAAGAUUUUUUGGUAGAAUAUCCUGUUUGUAUGUUUUAUGUGGCUGUUGUUUAAAGAUGCAUAUUUAUUUUAGUCUUCUUUGUGCUACAUUUCAAUUUCAGUAAACUGUAAUAAAGAGUUUUGGCGUCCGUCUCCAUAAAGGCCCAAACAUUUUCAGUUUAGGACUCCUUGCUUCUUGAACUGGGACUGAUUUGUUAUGGACAUACUCAUGAUAUUUCACAAGAUGAGUCCCAACACCUACCUUAACUAUUUGUAACAAAAUCACUGCAUUCUACAGUUUAAAAAGUAACGUCUACUGUAAACAGUUCUGCACAAACAGAAAGAGGAGGAUCGUGUCCAGUGUGGAAGUUGAACAGCCUCCUAUUUUACUUGAUUCCAGUUUGCUUAUAAAACCAAAUUCGUUUUUGUGGGUGACUUCUUAGACGCGGUACCACAGGGUUUUUUGAAAUUUAACUCAAGCGGAAGAAAAAUAGAGCCUGUUUUACGAUAUUUUUAAAAACUAACCACAUUCUACGGUCACUGAAACCUAGAAAUCGUAAAUAAUUUCAUUUUCGGGCCUGUGAAGUUAGGGAAUUUUAGUGCAGGGUUUCUGAAGUUGUGUAAAAUUAUGUGCUCAUUACAGAUUCACUAAGAACUGCAUGUUUGCUACUCUCAUCUUCCAUAGACAUAACGUCAAAAUUCCAAAACUCAAGGGGAACGGCGAGUGGUUUCACUGCAUGCAAACUUUCGAACAUUUUGACGUCAUUUCUAUGGUAAAGAGGAUUAUACAAUGGAAAAUUGUGGUCGAUUUGUUUUUUACAAUAACAUUGACAGUUUUUGACGUCCAUUUCCGUUGAAGUUUAUUCGGAAAAUCUCGCGCGAUGGAAAGAGAAAACAAACCCACCACCAUCAUCGACCGUGGCUUUUGACCUAUUAGCGCGCGAGAAUCGUUCAGUUUAGUAUUAUUGUAAAAUUUAUUUUACACUUUCUUUCUUGCCAUUCUGGCGUAAUGAUAGACUUAGCUCCCGAGAAGGGUUGAUAGAGACGGACUUUCUUAACUGCUUUCCCUGGGAUUACGGUAUUUCCUUUGUUAAUCCAAGUUAUCCCUCUCAAAAUCGCCCCUCCCUCUUCUUCCCUCCUUAGAGGUAGCUUUCCUUGGGUGGUCCCCUCCUUUGUGUGAUAGAUGUUUCCCUUCUGUAAUCGCCUACUUUCUCGUCUCUUAGUCCUUUUGUCUUGUUUAUAUACAUACAUUCAUAACCUUUAUCAGUUUUAACUCGAAUUUUAGAGUAGCUACACUAUAUAGCUAAUAUCUUCGAAAAACAAAUUAAGAUCUCUAAACUAAAAAAAUAUAUACACACACAAAAUAAGACAAAAAUUUAAUAGCGGAAACUAAUCAAGCGUAUUGAGACUUUGCACACGUCGCUCAAAAUGAUUAAAAGUACUGCUCCUUAAUUCGUCGGGAAGAUCGUUUCAUUGCUGGGCGGAAAAAUAAGAAAAAGAGUGUAGUCCAUAGGUUGUUGUUUUAGGCUUGUUUAGAGUCAACAUAUGGGUACCGCGCAAAUUAUAGGUUGUAUGGCGAAUAGUAAACAUAUUCCUUGUAUAGGUUGGAUACUCGUUAAAAAAUAGACUCUUGUAAACUAGUAUUAAGAAAUUCUGAAUGCGCUUGUUAUAAAAAGAAGCUGCUGCUUGAUACAAAUUCUAGCAAGUUAUAAUUGAGUUAAUCGCUUUUCCAAGUUCAUUGCCCCACGAUCUCACUCUCUUAAAUUAUUUCCCCCUUUAGAGUUUAGAGGAGUUAAUUCGAUCCCUGCAAGCUCCCUUGGGGCAAAACAGCGAACUUGACCCGCUAAUUGUCGGUACUUAGAAUCGUAAAUGUAUCCGGCUAUAUGGAAGUGUUUGUGUGUUUGUUUUUCUGUAGGAUGUUGUAGCUGUUCACACUGAAGACAACCGGUCAGAGAUGAUUUGCCUUGGACACGUAAAACAUCGCAUGAUCUGUACCCCUGACUUUGAGCACCUCCUCACCGCAUCAUGAGUGCCAAACAGGGAGCUACUUGUUCAAGACUGCAUACUAAUUUUCGUUCCUUGUCAUUACUGGAUAUGGUGGCUUGCGUUUUAGGAAAGAUUGGACGUGCACAGCAUAUUACGAAAUACAAUAUGCUAUACAGGGGCACCUGUCAUUUACUAAAUUUGCGGUAAACCAAUUGUUUAUCGCUCAGUCAAGGAUUCUGAAUAGGUUUAAGUCGCGGUCAAGAACAUAGGACAAGCCUUCUGACCAUGAUAUCCGGUUUGUAUUUUACAGAUCAAGUGCUAUUUACCCUUGAUCGAAUGGGCGUCAACAAUCAUUGAUUUAAUACGUCAAUAGUCAAUCUCCAUUGAGUUAAUUCGUCUUCACCGAAAAAAAGGACGUGUAUUUACCUGAAAAAAAAUAUUAAAUAAAUAAAUAAAUAAAAUGAGCA